UCGCAGGCUCAGAGGAGACAGCAGCAGAGAUUGAGCUCCGUUAGAGGCCGUUUAAACCCAGAAAACCAGCCCGGUGUUUCCGUUCGUACAGACUUGCGGCUCCGGACUGACAGCGCGAUGCUUCUGAAAAUCACGGCUUAAAUGGAAGAAACAGCCAACAGCGCGGAGAGAACCCGCAGCUGCACGAGGGAGAACGGACAGACAGAGGAAGGCAUGGUCAGAAGACACGGAUAGCCUGCCCUGCACCCCGGUCACAAUUGUGUGCACAUUCUUACAAGGCUAAAUAUAGGCCGCCUGACGGUGCUUUUUCAAGACAAACUGCAGCCCCCAUUCGCACUUAGACCUGCCACUCUACAUAGGAGCCACUUGCGCCACUGGUUUGUAUUGGAGAACCCCAUCCGUCUUACAGACACAAAAAACAUAGUGUUAUAGAUAUUCGAAAUGCCAUACAAUCAAAGCCGAGCGAGAGCCAGAGACCGUGGAAAUGUCCUUGGAAGGCUGGAGUUUUUAUCCCUUCAUCAGCCCCUGCGAAACAGCAGCAACGACAACAACCGGGGGGCAUCCAGGAGAGCCGGCCCAGGCAAGUACCAUCAAAACCCACAGAGUGACCACCAGCAAGAACCUGGCGAAGGUGCCAAAGAGCGAAAAGAACCGCCGAGGCUGCCCGAAGAAGACUGCAUGCAGCUCAAUCCUUCCUUCAAAGGCAUCGCCAUGAACUCUCUCCUGGCCAUCGAUAUACAUUUAUCCAAGCGGCUCGGAGUUUGUGUCCACACCUCAUCGUCCUGGGGCAGCGUCCGCUCCGUUUUCACACUGCUCGCGCUCACCGGACAUGGAAUCACAUGGAUUUGUGGCACACUGGUGUGUCUCACCAGGAGCAACACUCUAGCUGGACAGGAAGUCCUGGUCAAUCUGCUGCUGGCGCUCAUUCUCGACAUCCUGACUGUGGCUGGAGUCCAGAAACUGGUCAGGCGUAAAGGACCAUGGGAAAUGACCCCGGGCUUCCUGGACUACGUGGCGAUGGACGUGUACUCGUUCCCGGCGGCUCACGCCAGCAGGGCGGCGAUGGUGUCCAAGUUCCUGCUGUCUCACCUGGUGCUGGCGGUGCCGCUGCGGAUCCUGCUGGUGGUCUGGGCCUUCCUGGUGGGGCUGUCCCGGGUUCUUCUGGGCCGACACCACGUCACGGACAUGGCCUGCGGCUUCGCGCUGGGUUUACUGCACUUCAGCCUGGUGGAGACGGUGUGGCUCUCGUCUAACGCCUGCCAAACGCUCAUCUCCAUAGGAACGCUCAGCUGGAGCCCGUUCCCCUAAAACAGAACUCUGUAGAGCCGAAACAGAGACGUUCUCACAGCACCGCAGAACUGCGGAACGGUACGCUUCGGCUCAGAAAGAAGAAUCACAAGAAGGUUUUGUUUGUAUUGAAAUAUAUACAAUUUUCACAUAUGAUUAUAUGUGAAACACAUUAUUGUUGUUAUUAUUGCUAUUAUUAUUAUCAUUAUUAUUCUUAUUAUUAUUAUUAUUAUUAUUAUUAUGUUCACUAGUGUUCAAAAGUAUGCAAUCAGUGAUUUAAAUAUCUUACCUUCAAUUUGAAGACAUUUGAUUUGUCGAGAAUGACUAACACAGCAAGAUUAAAAUCCAGCUUGCAGUUUUAAGAAAAUUAACCUCCAGAAUGAAGUUCUAAGAAAAAAAAUAAAGAAUGAAGUACUAAUAAAAUUAAUAUGCAAAAUUAAGUUAUAAUAAAAUGUAAUGUCCAGAAUGAAGUUCUAAUAAAAUAUUAUCCAGAAUGAAGUUCUAAUAAAAUUAAAAUCUAGAAUGACAUUCUAACAAAAUUAACAUCCAGAAUGAAAUUCUAAUAAAAUUAACAUCCAGAAUGAAGUUCUAAUAAAAUAUCUAGAAUGAUGUUUUAAUAAAACCAACAUUCAGAAUGAAGCUAGAAUAAAAUUAACCUCUAGAAUGAAGUUCUAACUAAUAAUAUCCAGAAAGAAAUUGUAAUAAAAUUAAUAUUCAGAAUAAAGUUCUAAUAAAGUAAUAUCAAGAACAAAGUUCUAAAAAAAUUAUUAUACAGAACGAAGUUCUAAUAACAUAAUAUCCAGAAUGAAGUUUGAACAAAAUUAAUAUCCAGAAUGAAAUAUUAACAUUUUCAGAAUUUGAGGUCCCAAAAUGCCUCAAAAAGUUUAAAAGACAUGAUGAGGCAGGUAACUUAUAUUAUUAUAGUAUAUUAUUUAUAAUGUAACAACUUAAAGAACUUUGCAAGAGUGCAGUGUUGCAUUGUUUUUCUAAAAUAUUUGAAAUAUUGGGGAAAAACAUUGCAAAAGGUAUUUGUAAAAAUUAGUUUCAUUCGGUAUUUCAAGAAAUAUGUGAAUGAUAAGUUACUCAGUUGUGAAUAUAUACUGUAAUCAUCUAUUUACAUAGUUUUUGUUGUCCACCACUUUAGGUAUAUGAUGAAUUCUGGAUAUUAAUUUUAUCAUUACUUAAUUCUUCAUGUUCUACAGCUUUCAUGUUCAAUAUUAGUAUCUUCUACAGAUCGGUUCUUCAUUCUAGACACAUCUAACAUUUCUACACUUUUACUUACAGCUUCUACUGAUGAUCUGAAGCUGUGAAGCUGCACAGGACGAACCUAUUAGAAUGAUUUUAUACAUUUAUCUGAAACUAAAUUGGUUUUAUGUUAUUGAAAACACUGAUUCCAAGCUUUUGAACAGUACCAUAUACGCAGGUGUAUUCAAAAGUUUAGGCGC